AUGGUAAAUUUAAGCGAAAAAGUUUUAAUUAUUACUGGUGGCGCAAGUGGAUUUGGUAAAGCAUUAGCUCAUCAUGUCGUUGAAAAAGGAGCAAAAGUUGUUUUGGCAGAUAUUAAUAAAGAACUUGGUCUACAAGUCGAGGCAGAGUUAAAUACAAGCAAACCAAAUUAUGCUAAAUUCGUUUGCACGGAUGUGUCGAAACGUCAAGAUCUCGAGAAUCUUCUCAAAGUUGCUGAGACGGAAUUUGGUGGUUUUGAUGCAAUAUUCAAUAAUGCAGGAAUCGCUCAACGUGAAUUCUUUGAUCAGACUGAAAGUUGGAAACGAACAAUAGACAUUAACAUUAACGCGGUUAUCGAAGGAACGCAAUUGUCUAUUCCUUUUUUAAAGAAACGAGGUGGUGGCGCAGUCAUUAAUACUGCUUCUGUCGCCGGGUUGUAUCCUUUAAUCGUGCCAAGGGUGCCAGUGUAUACUGCUGCCAAAGCUGCGGUUGUCGCGUUUAGUCAAGCAUUAGAACACUUAAAAGAUGAAGAAAAUAUUCGUGUUAAUGCUGUUUGUCCAUUCUUUGCUGAAACUCCAAUGGUAACGACGGCUUACCAAGAAUCAAAAGAUUUUGAAGCAUAUGUCAAGAAAAUCGGCACUGUCUCUAUUCAAGACGUCGUGAAUGGACUAUUGCAUGCCUUUGAAAACGACGCGCUUUAUGGUGAUGUGAUUGAAAUAUUGCCAAAGAAUAAACUUUACGUCCGUCCUAAAGUUUCGUAUUAG